AUGUCGGCCAUGAACUCCUCCCAAACUGGCAAAGCAGAAGGCGACAUCUCAGAUACAUUUGCCUCGCUCUCGGGGCGGAAAGCCCAACCCCUACCAGACCGCUUCCGGGAGCUUAAGCUCCGCCUGGUCAACGGCCACGAAGACGCCAUCAUCGCCAGUUGGAAACGCCUCCUCGCAACCCUCCGUCACGAAAACGACCUCAUCGCCCGCAUUGGGCCCGCCAUCAUUCCUCAAGUCCGCUUCAGCCACCUCCACCAAGACCUCGCCGCCCUCAAGUACGAAAUAAAGAAGCGCGGCGUGGCCGUCGUCCGCGGCGUCAUCCCCGAAGACGAGGCCCGCGCCUACAAGUUUGAAAUCGAAGAAUACGCCCGCCAAAACCCCCAGACCCGGGGCUUCCCACCCAACAACCCGCAAGUCUUCGAACUCUACUGGUCCACCUCCCAAAUCCGCGCCCGCUCCCACUCCUCCUUACUCACCACCCAAACGGCGCUCAUGACGAACCUCUGGCACGUCUCGGAUUCUUCCGUCCCCGUCUCCCUGCACACGCCGCUCUGCUACGCCGACCGGCUCCGAAUCCGGCAGCCGGGCGACGCACAGUUUGCGCUGGGACCGCACCAGGACGGCGGGAGCGUCGAGCGGUGGGAGGAAGACGGGUAUGGCAAGGGUGGGGUGUAUGAUUCCGUCUUUAGGGGGGAAUGGGAAAAGGGGUAUGACCCGUUCGAUGCGGCGGGCCGGGUGGGUGCGGUGACGGAUUUGUAUGGAGGGCUGGGGGCGUGCAGUAUGUUUCGCAUGUUUCAGGGCUGGUUGGCCAUGAGUAGGGCGGCGCCCGGGGAGGGGACGCUCUUGGUGAAUCCGCUGGUCAAGGAGAGUGUGGUAUAUGCGUUGCUGAGGCCGUUCUUUAGGGCGAGGAAGGCUUUGGAGGAGGUCGGUGGGGAUGAGGGGAUAUUCUUGGACGAGGGGAAUUGGGAGUUUACGGCUGGGGAAAAUAUGGACAGUUCGCUGCAAGGGGCGAUCCCUGGAUGUGCGCAGGAGUUCCCCGAGGGGAUGCACCCGCACCUGGAGCUGGAGCGGACCAUGGUGCAUGUUCCGGAGGUCCGGCCGGGGGAUUAUGUCGUUUGGCAUUGCGACACUAUCCACGCUGUUGAUAAGAAGCACGGCGGCAAGGGGGACUCGAGCGUGCUCUACAUCCCCGUGUGCCCGACUACCAAAGCCAGCGCGGAAUAUGUGGUCCGGCAGCGGGCUGCAUUUCUUCAAGGCACGCCUGGGCCGGACUUCCCGGGUGGUGAAGGCGAGUCGAGGCAUAUUGGGAGGGCUACCGAGGAGUAUGUCAGAAGAUACUGCCAUCCCCUCGGUGUUCAGCAGAUCGGCCUCGGCAAGCUCGUCACGGCGGAAGAUGACACCACCGGCGGCAAGGUUGGGGUCCAGCAGGCAAACCAUGUCUUGGGUUUCUAG